AAGAGAGAGAGAGAGAUGAGUAGGGGAGCCAGAAAAAAUCCGGGGAUUUACGCGGAAAGGGCAAAAUAUUCCCCGCCCAGGCUUCAUUCAGCCUCCGAUUACGGGGUGGCUUUGGGUGAAAAGCACGCGCUAUCAUUGGUCGAGGGGCUAAUAUGGCGGUGUUAGGGGUUGCAAGGUGGGGCGGGUGUACGCGAUAUUAAGGGCUGCUUUCAUGUCCGACGAGCCAGUUCGUGGUGCGCCGUCGAUUGACGCAUUUUCCGUCGAGAAGGUGGAGAACGAAGCGUGGAGCGUUCGACAACUUCCUGUGCCUCUCCUCAUUCUCCAUCCUCUUUUCAGAUUUUCUCACUUUCUUUUUUCGCGUACUUUCUUCCGGCUGGACCGCAUUCGGAGGCACACGCGACUCGGCGGGAGAUUCAAUUUGCGCGCGUGUGCCACUCGGGAGAAUUUAUGAUUUGCCAGUGAUUUUCGUGGAUCGAGGACUGUUUGCGUAUUUGUUUGCGAAUAUCGCGAAACUUUACGUCGGUCAGUGAUUUUCGUGGAGAAAGACUUCUUUAGAAUGGCCCAGACCUAUAAUCAGAAGAGAAAUGUGUACAGCAUCGAUCAGAUAUUGGGUCAUGGCAAAGAUGAAGAUCACGCGACAUCAUCUGACGCCGUGGUCGAUGGCGGUGACACGGAGCUCGGUCAUUUGAGCGAUCAUCAGAUCAACGACGGCUUGCACGAUCCUUUGAACUUAGGUGAAUCCGAUCGCCCACGCAAGGUGCGAAGAUCCCGUACGACUUUCACGACCUAUCAGCUACACGAACUCGAGAAGGCUUUCGGGAACACGCAGUACCCGGACGUGUUCACCAGAGAAGAGUUGGCAAUGAGAUUGGACCUCUCGGAAGCGAGAGUACAGGUGUGGUUUCAAAAUCGACGUGCAAAGUGGCGCAAGAAGGAAAAGGCGUUGGGCAGAGAUACCAGUUUCAUGCAUGUCGAGCAAGGCGGUGUAAACGAAUUGUCCCUUCACGCGCGGCUCCUACAAACGGCCGGCGGUGUCCCGGGCGCGGACUCCUCCGGUCCGCCGACCGGCACGUUUCCCUGGUUCAUCCCGCCGGUUUUCCCGCCACCCUGGCCCACGAGCGCGCCCAAGUUGCCGCCGUUACACGCCAUCCUGUCGCAAUACAUCGGACUGCCGUUGUCGCAGAAUCUGGCGUCGCUCGGUACAAUACUGCCGGUUAACUGUCUAAACCCGAGCUCGUCAUUGAACCACAGUAACGGUCACUCGCUGGGGGGUCAUCUGCACGGGCAUCCCCUGAAUCUGGGGGUGCAGAGCAUACCGCAGAAUCUGAGCUCGAAGAAUGACAAGGACGAGGACUCGGCGUCGUCCGACGACGAGAUCAGGAAGCAGAGCGCGGAAGUGUUGAGAGUGAAGGCGGAGGAGGCGCUACGCAAGGCGGACAAUUAACUGUGAGAGCUCUUACGGACUUUUUGUAAAUAUCAGGAACUUGUCCGUGUGUGUGCGUGUGUGUAUGUGUGUGUGUGUGUGUGUGUGUGUGUGUUCCCGAGAAUCUCGUCCACAUAUUUGAUACCAACGUAAAUGUUUCGCACGCGGCAUUAACCUGCGGAAUGGGCGAAAAGCAUUCUUUUGGUUAUUAAUAUCAGAUUUAGAGAAAUUUACUUUGCGUCGUACGCACGAUUCGAUAUCGACGGGCAUUUUAAUAUGCAAAAUAUUUCAGAAGAAAACGCACUUACUUCAAAUUUUAAAGUAAACUCUGAAGUAAGUAAAAUCUUGAAAAAAAAGAACAUCAGGACUCUUGGUACUCUGUCAAAGAAUUUAUCAAUAAUUUAUUUUUGCACUUGCAUCCGGGAUACUUUGUACGAUCAAGACUAGGAAUCGAGUGGCACCGAGUGUUCCAGCAGGAGGUAAAUAACAUUUAAUAUUAAUUUGGUUAUUCGUUGCGUCAUAUUGGUGAUGUUAAUUUUAAACAUAUUUGAUCAGCGUAGCUUGAUAUUGUUGAAUGAUUUAUACGUUUUCAAUUUUAAUUAGCAAUAUGUGUAAGACGCAAUCAUAAGUUUAUUAUUAUAAUAUAUUAGUAUCAAUAUAUAUUAAUUAAUUAACUGCUCAUCAAAUACACUGCUUUUUUAAUUUAAAGAUAAAACAAAUCAAAGAACACAAUCAUCUUGAUCAUCGUGAAAUUAUUAUUAUUUAAUGUACCAAUCUCCAAACAAAAUAUAUAAUCUUAAAUAAUAUCAAUAAUAUGUGAUAAAACAGAUAUUGAACAAAUCUGAAACAUAAGAAAAUAGUGUCUUUUUUCCAAAUAUUAAAUUAAACUUAAAUCUUGAUAAUAAAAUAACUUAUGUCAGUAUAAUUUUUAAUUAAUCACAAAAAGAAAAUAUAUAUUUUAUUGAAGUUAUAAUUUACAGAAAAGAAAUUAGAAAAUUUAUUAUAUUACAUGUAAUAUUAUUUAUAUUCUCUUCAUCGAGAUAACAAAUGAUUAACAAAAUUAGAGAAUUACAAAAACCACUAGAAGUUUAUAAAGAAAAAAUAUUUUCUUUUAUCAAAUUGUAAUUCUAAUUAAACACAUAUGCAUUUAUCUCUUUUUCUCGCUGUUAACAUCGUCAGUUUUCGAUAAAAUUAAUUCGCUGAUUCUAUCAGCGUUUCCGCGAAACGUUGAAAUGAAAUUUCAGAAAUAUAGUGUUGCACAUAGCGCAGCGUUAUAUGAUAUUAUACAUCGUUAUUCUAAUUAUUUAAUAUUUCUCGCUUUGUUAUUCGACGAUGAUAUAACAAAUCUGUUUCAUCGAUAUCAAAAACUAAUUCCUCUAGGUGAAUCAGGCUAAUUGUUACGCUAAAAAUAUGACACUAGAAUAUAUAUUAUUUAAUGUGUAAUAAAUAAUUUAUAAAAUUUUGAAAGUGAGAUAACUUUCUCUACUAAUUUAAUUAAAUGCUGUUUAAUUAAGUGCGUUGUUAUUUAUUUAUAGAAAUCAAUAAGAGAUUAAUAUAUUUAAUUUAAUUUGAUUUGAUUAAGAAAAUAUUACGAGAUGUCAUAUUUAUUCUGUGUCACAAUUGCCUUUAUCCUGGAUGUAAAAAGGUAGACGUGAAUGCAAUCGUGUAGAAUUCCUUCCAAAUGCUGUACAGAAUCUCGCCUGUGUAUGUUUGUAUCAGAUGAAGUGUAUCACGCGCGAGAGAAACUUUUGUAAAAUACAUGUAUUAUAUUAACAUUAGAUAUGUUAUAUAUACAUAUGUACCAUAUAUAUAUCAACUGUAGACUUUGUGUAAAUAUGUAGGCUAUUCAUUAAGUUAAAGAAAUAUAUUGCAC